CUCUUGUCCAAUAGCGCGCAGGACAAAGGUCGUUUUAUCGUAGAGGUCCGCCGCGACGCGACCGCACGCACCGCCGAGUCCGGGGCUGCGACACGACCACACCCCGGCCCCGGGCACUCGCGCGACGACCCCGCGGCCGGCCGGGCGGAGGCACCGUCGACGAUGAGCUGCCGCGGCCGCGGGACGCUGACCGUCCGGCGGAGCGACAACCCGUUCUUCCAGACGACGACGGGCGACAUCGGCCAGGACUUCACGAAGGAGGUCGAGUACGCGGCGCCCACCGUCGAGCGCGCGCCGCCGCGCCGCACGCUCGUGGACAACUACGACUUCGGCUUCCUCUACGAGAAGAUGAGCGACGACAUCGGCGCGGGCCAGCACCACGCGCCCUCGAACCUCUCGCGGGCCAUGGGCGCGCAGGACACGCCCGCGCAGCUCACGCGGCUGAAGACGAUGGGCGCGCCGGCCUCGGCGGCGACGAUCGCCGCGGCCGAGAGCCGGCCGAGCGCCGCGGACCGCGUCGAGCGCAUCCUCGAGAUCUACAAGCACGCCCCGAAGAAGGAGCACGAGAUGUACAUGACGACGUCCAACGUCAUCGGCGCGCUCAAGCCGAACGUGGCCACCUUCACCGCCGAGCGGCGCGCGCGGAACCAGGGCUUCUCGAACUCGUUCCAGGGCGUCAAGUACCGCAACCAGGGCCUCACGACGGCGGUCACGAAGUCGAACGUCCACGACAUGAUCGACAUGAUGUAACCGUUACAACUAUUACUAGUACUUUUUCCACCCACUGUGGCAGGG